GCGGAAUGGGAUUCCAAUAUGGCAGCCGUCGUGAUAGCCGCACAAGUCAGUGUCGCGGAAAUGUUUUGAACUCACAACUCGAGCAACCGCGACGACCGGUCGACGUGCGACGCAUAGGCGUGUCUGGUGGAGAAUACCAGCCGCGAAGCGUGUUGUGCUUAACGGCACUAUUAGAAUAGUAGACUAGUUAGAGCUUAAUUAUCCGCUAAUUGGCUUCCGGGAUUCGUCGGGCAAGUCGGGAGUCUGGAAGGGACUUGAGAGAGAGAGAGAGAGAGAGAGAGAGAGAGAGAGAGAGAGGCAGCCAUGGGCAAGCAAAACAGCAAGCUGAAGCCGGAAGUGCUGGAGGACCUCAAACAGAAUACCGAGUUCUCAGACGCGGAGAUUCAGGAAUGGUACAAAGGAUUCUUAAAGGACUGUCCCAGCGGGCACCUCAGCGUGGAGGAAUUCAAGAAGAUAUACGGGAACUUCUUUCCCUAUGGCGACGCAUCGAAGUUUGCGGAGCACGUAUUCAGGACGUUCGACGCGAACGGCGACGGCACGAUCGAUUUCCGGGAAUUCCUCUGCGCCCUCAGCGUAACGUCCCGCGGCAAGUUGGAGCAGAAGUUGAAGUGGGCCUUCAGCAUGUACGACCUGGACGGCAACGGUUACAUCUCGCGGCAAGAAAUGCUGGAAAUCGUAACGGCGAUCUACAAGAUGGUGGGUUCGGUAAUGAAGAUGCCGGAGGACGAGUCGACACCGGAGAAACGAACUGAUAAGAUAUUCCGACAGAUGGAUAAGAACAAGGACGGCAAGCUAUCGCUUGACGAGUUUAUAGAGGGUGCAAAGAGCGACCCGUCUAUCGUGCGACUGUUGCAGUGCGAUCCUAGUGCACAAGCUCAGUGAGGCCCUGGGCCAAUACAGACAAGUACUGCUAUGCCAUCUGCAUACCCGAAUCGGAGCCCGGCCCAAUUAGUAUCCCGCGCAGAAGCGACGCGAUCGUAGACCGACUCGCCGACCGACGGGGUCCUCCGCUUGAGAGAAACCGCCGAGACGUUCAACCCCUCGCGCACGUCUGAUUCCCCCCUUUAAUCUUAAUGCAAUAGCUGUAAGUCCUUUCGAUCACGGACGAUCGUUUAUUCGUCAGCAGUCCACUUGAAUCAUCCCGAGUACUUGUUCACGUAGAAGCCAUGUCGUUUCGCAAGGACACCUCGUCCCCCGAGAGAGAGAGAGAGAGAGAGAGAGAGAGAGAGAGAGAGAGAGAACGUUAAAUGUACCACGGUUGUUGCAACCUCCGCUAGGUUGCUAGGUAAGCGAACGACUCUGUGUUUUAACGUUAGAUUGCAUACGGACGCAGGAAGCCAACUGACACGAUCGAUAUUCGACAUCAUUGACGAUAGAGAAAAUAGAUAUGAUAUUCGCUGUUCAAUUAUCUAAAGAGUUCUCCGUCUCUCAGCGUAUCCGUAGACACUUUAUGCCGGAAAACAGUUACAGAGGAGAACGUAUGCAUCCUAGGUUUAAGCUCGUUGAUCGAGUCAUCAGCUAUCCCUCCGGAUACCGAUGAUACUGAUAACCUUAUUAGACAAGUUUUAUCGCCUGUAUCAAGCAGGGCUCUGUCGUCUUGGCGGUUUCUCGCGCGGAUAUUCUGGGAUCGCGCACGCUUUGCGCACAGGAUCGGCACGGUAGGCGGCCAGUGGCUGGUGAACGUCGCUGUAAAUUGGGCCGGUAACCGAGAGGUCCAGGGUCACUGGGCCCAUGGCGCUUGCGCAUACCGCAAGCUAGUCGACAAGACUAGUCCAGUCGCUCCGUUUCGUUGACGGAUCGGUUUAGCGAGAAGCUUGUUACGCCUUUUGUCGGUCGUGCUGAAGCCACGUGCGCUACGCACCGACGGAAAGACCCGCGGGGGGCCGUUCGCGUCCGGAGAACCGCGCGACGCGAGCGGGGGAGUAACUCCGGUCCGACGGUUGCGUCGAUGCUGCCGACGAGUGUGUUACCCCGUGCGCUCGUGAGCGGCGCUGGCAGACGAGAGGGAGAGAGAGGGGGAGAGAGAGAGAGAGAGAGAGAGAGAGAGAGAGAGAGAAAGAGAGAGAGAGACGGUCGCUCGAGUUGCCGUGAAACGCGAUCGGCGAAAUUCUAAAAUAUUCUGUGUUCGUAAAUACCCGUUAAUCUCCGGCAGCGCGCGUGUGCGUGACGGACGAGAGCUCCGAUGGGUUCGAGUUUCCUCGUCGCUUUGUGCGUCUAUCUCUCUCUCUCUUUCUCUCUCUCUCUCUCUCUCUCAUUCUCUAUCUUUCUCUCCUUCCUUCUCCAGACGAGGAAGCGCGCGUGAUCGAACGCAUCGCAACGCGCGAACCUUGUACAUACGAGCGAGAGGUCGUGUCACGUCGAUGCAAUCUCGGACACUGCGGCGCCUCGGACUCGACCGUCCUCUCGCGCGAAGCCCUAGGGGUCUCUCUCGCUUCUAGUAGCGCGCCGUGGCACCGUCGUCCUUGCGCAUUGCCCGCAUCGCGCCACCCGCCCACCCUGCGGCAUUCGAUUCUCCGGGUCGGACGUCAUCCAUCUCCGCUACGUGGGCACACACACGGUACACCGCAUCAUCCGGCCCUCACGGACCUCGAGUCUCGCCACGCGACCCCACCAUUUACGGACUGAACUCUACGCGGAAAUGGAAAAGACUCUCAAGAGACUCGCGUACAUCCACACCAAAAAGAAACACACAUACACACACACACAUACACAUACCAGAAACACAAUCGCGCGCGGCGGUUUCACCGCGCUAGCAACGAAACUUUUAGUGAUUUUAAAGAUUCGCGAGAAAGGAGACAAAGGUCACUGCGAAAUCGAAAUUGCACGCUGGUGCGUACGCGUAGCUUUGCUAGCUCUAAACGCGCUUAGAGACCGAUCUAGAGCUUGAGCCAGCAGAAAGAGAAGAGAAGCGGCUGCGUGAUCGUCGUCACCGUCGUCACCAUCGUCGACGUCGUCGUCGUCGUCGUCGUCAUGAUGCCCACGGAUGCGUCGCGCUCGCUCGCCGUCCAAGAAGGUGCUGUGGAAACGAUCCCGACGUAGGAAGGUGGGCGAUUAUUAAGCCUUCCGCCCCGUCGCGACACUUCGAAUGCGACGCGGAAGUCGCAGUAGCUGUCUGAUCAAACCUAGCCCGAAGAAAGGUUGCCCUUUACAUUACUGUUAUUCACUUCGUCCUCAUUGAAUCGUUUCUAGUGACCUUUGUCGUUUACGGUGGCGUAGUCAGAUGAAUAUAAGCUCGCACUCUCGGCUAG